AUGAAGCAACUCAAAGAACUGAAGCAAGGAAAUUUGACUGUAACACAGUACUAUAGUACUGUGACAAAGAUAUGGCAGCAAUUGGAUCUCUUUGAAGUACAUCCUUGGAAGAAUAUUGAUGAUGCUAAUUACUACAGGCAGUUAGUUGAAAAAGGACGAACAUAUGAUUUUCUGUUGGGCCUGAAUGAUGUUUUUGAAGAAGUAAGAGAUAGAAUUAUGGGUCUAAAGCCCCUUCCAUCCCUAUUUGAAGUCUUCAGUAUGGUUAAGUUCGAAGAAAGUCGGAGACACCUCACCCAGGGUAACCAAACUCCAGUUGAUGGCUCAGCUUUAGUCACAAGGGGUUCCCAGACAUCAGAGAGCUCUAAAAGAAAAGGGAACAAGUGGUGCAAUCAUUGUAACAAGAAAGGCCACACCAGAGAUGAAUGCUGGAAACUACAUGGAAAGCCAACCCAUGGAAAACAACAACAACGUCGAGAUGGAAAGAGCCACCACACCUCCUCUGAGGAAAGAGGCGAUGAUGGAGACCGCUUAACCAGAGAAGAACUUCAAAUGCUCCGUAAGAUGCUUGAAAAGUGA